CAAACUGUCGUAACCGCAGCAGCUUGGACUCAUCCCAAGAUGUUUCGCAUAGCUUUUAGAGCCGCGUGCCAUCGUUACUCACCGGCUACUUUUCUUUUCGGCGCGGCAGUUCGACUACAAAAUCGACAAUUGAACAUUCACGAGUACCAAGGCGCCGAGAUUUUGGCGCGGCACGGCGUCCGCGUUCCACUUGGCAUUGCUUGUCAAACGGCGGACCAGGUACAUGCCGCCGCCGAGAAGCUUAGAUCUGACGAUGGAGAUGUCGUUCUGAAGAGUCAGAUUCUUGCGGGUGGGCGUGGUCUUGGUCAUUUUAAGAAUGGUCUGCAAGGUGGUGUUCACAUUGUCCCAUCUGGCAAAGCACAGGCAGUUGGCGAGAAGAUGUUAGGCCAACUGCUUGUAACGAAGCAAACUGGUGCAGCAGGCAAACCUGUCAACACUGUGCUAGUCGCUCAAAAAAUGAAGCUCGUCAACGAAAUGUACUUUGCUAUCCUUCUAGAUCGCGCCAGUGCAGGGCCGUUGGUCAUUGCUUGCAGCGAAGGUGGCACCUCCAUAGAGGACCUCGCGGAAACACAUCCAGAAAAGAUUACCAGGAUGAAGAUCGACAUAAGAACAGGACUUACAGAGGCUCAGGCAAGAGACAUAGUCGCGCAUCUUGGGGUGAAAGGAUCCGUAAGCGAUGCUGUUGCCCAGGUAAAGGCAUUAUACAACGUUUUCAUCAGCAGCGAUUGCACCAUGCUCGAAAUCAAUCCCCUCGCAGAGACCGCCGAAGCAAAGCUCAUAGCUGCAGAUGCGAAGCUCAAUUUUGAUGACAACGCCGAAUAUCGCCAGAAGGGCCUCUUCGCUCUUAGAGAUCAUUCACAGGAAGAUCCGCGUGAGGUUACAGCCGGUAAGUUUGACUUGAACUAUAUCGGCCUCGACGGAAAUAUAGGUUGUAUGGUAAACGGUGCAGGCCUUGCCAUGGCCACGAUGGACAUCAUCUCACUCCACGGUGCAGCCCCAGCAAACUUUCUUGACGUCGGCGGCAAUGCAAGUGAACAGCAGGUCGUCGAGGCCUUUAAAAUUCUCACUUCUGACACCAAAGUGCAGGCUUUGCUUGUGAACAUAUUUGGUGGCAUCAUGAAAUGCGAUGUAAUUGCAAGCGGCAUUGUUAGUGCGGCAAAACAAGUUGGCCUUCAAGUGCCUCUUGUUGUUCGCCUAGAGGGAACAAACGUCGAGGCAGGUAAAGAAAUUCUCGAAAAAUCUGGCAUGGAUAUCAUUGCCGCGAAUGACCUUGAUGAUGCAGCGAAAAAAGCGGUCUCGGCUCUUUCUUAGGUUCUUCUCUAGCUUGGUCUUGGUUUCGAUAUUAAUUAGUUUUUCGGCGCAAACAGUUUUCACUCAGCUUUUCAUUGGAAUGCAAAUAAAUAUAGAUCGACUAUCUAGUCUACGGAACACAUCUUUGUUCGUAGACUAAUACGUAUGUAUGUACUAUCAGUCUAUAUCAUUUCUAUAUCCAUAUGGUUAUGAAUUUGGUUAAACUUAGUUUCAGCAAUAAUGUAGUAAAAUGGUUUUUACAGUGUUUU